ACUCGGGCAUGGUUUUAUCUGUCAGUGGAACUAUCGCAGAUCCGGACCGAUUAUUCUCAUCAGUCGAAGUUAAUUAAGCUCAUUAAUUAAAAAUGCCGGGCGCGGAUAAAGAGACGGACCUGUCGGAGCGGAUUGAAGCGUUUUUAGCCAAGCUGAAGCGGAGUGGAAGCGGGGCGGGAUGCGUGCGCGGAUCCGCCGAGACUGCCCGAGAGACAGCCGCCCUGCUCCGGCGAAUCACCGCGCAGUCCCGCUGGAGCAGCGCAGGUGAUCUGAUGGAGAUCAUAAGGAAGGAGGGCAGGAGGAUGACAGCGGCUCAGCCUUCUGAGACCACGGUGGGGAACAUGGUCCGUCGUAUUCUCAAAAUCAUCCGGGAGGAGUACGCAAGAUCUCGAGGGAGCAGCGAGGAGGCCGAUCAGCAGGAAUCUCUACACAAACUGCUCACAUCUGGAGGUUCCAGUGAGGACAACUUUAGAACCCCCUUCAGUUCCCUCAAAGCCAACGUCAUCGAAGCCAUCAAUGAACUGCUCAUUGAACUCGAGGGAACUACAGAUAACAUUGCCAUGCAAGCGUUAGAACACAUUCACUCUAACGAGGUGAUCAUGACGAUCGGACGUUCCCGCACCGUCGAGGCUUUUCUGAAAGACGCCGCCCGAAAGCGUAAAUUCCACGUUAUUGUGGCUGAGUGUGCACCUUUCUGCCAGGGACAUGAAAUGGCUACCAGUUUAUCAAAAGAUGGCAUUGAGACCACCGUGAUUCCAGACGCCGCCAUAUUCGCUGUCAUGUCUCGAGUUAAUAAGGUAAUCAUUGGAACCCAGACAGUUUUGGCUAACGGUGGACUGAGAGCCGUGAAUGGAACCCAUACCCUCGCCCUCGCCGCCAAACAUCACUCCACCCCCCUUAUCGUGUGUGCUGCCAUGUUUAAACUCUCACCGCAGUUUCCCAAUGAGGAGGACACAUUUCACAAGUUCGUCUCUCCACACGAGGUGCUUCCCUUCACUGAAGGUGAGAUCCUGUCCAAGGUGAAUGCCCACUGCCCUGUAUUUGACUACGUUCCACCAGAGCUCAUCACUCUCUUCAUCUCCAACAUUGGAGGAAACGCUCCGUCUUACAUCUACCGCCUGAUGAGUGAGCUCUACCACCCUGAAGAUCAUGAGCUCUGAAUAAACUCUGAAUAAACUCUGAAAACUGCAAAGCAAAA